AUUUUGACGGUGUCGGCCCACUCUCUCUCUCUCUCUCUCUCUAAUUCUCCACAUGCUUUCAUCUCUUCAGAAAUCACAAAUGCGAUACAUGAUCUAAUCACUGUUUUCUCAAAAUCCCCCCAGAUCCGAUCCAAACCCGUACCCACCGACAUUCGCACCGUAUCCGGAUCCCGAUCGAAAUCCGAUCCGAUGGCUGCUUCGCGCCGGCUCCGGGAGCUCCAAUCGCAGGCGGGCAACAAGGUCUGCGUCGAUUGCUCCCAAAAGAACCCCCAAUGGGCAUCCGUAUCGUACGGCGUCUUCAUGUGCCUCGAGUGCUCCGGCAAGCACCGCGGCCUCGGCGUCCACAUCUCCUUCGUCCGAUCCGUAACCAUGGAUUCCUGGUCCGAGAUCCAGCUGAAGAAAAUGGAGCUCGGCGGGAACGAAAAGUUCAAUAAUUUCAUUUCGCAGUACGGAAUCCCUAAGGAAACCGACAUUGUAUCGAAAUACAACACGAAGGCCGCGUCGGUUUAUCGCGACCGCAUUCAAUCGCUCGCCGAGGGCAAACCGUGGCGGGAUCCUCCCGUCGAGAAGGAAACCCUAAGAUCGAGCAAUAAUGUGGGUAAUAGUUAUAGCAGUAAGCCCCCUCUGAGCAGCGGCGGCGGCGGCAGGAACGGAAAUUCAGGGAGCAAUUCGGGUUGGGAUAAUUGGGACAGUUUCGAUGAUGGAGGCUAUACUGGAAAUAAUGCCGGUAACAAUAACAACCUUAGGAGGAACAAUACCACCGGAGAGCUUAGGAGUUCCGGUGGUGGUGGUGGAAUUGCACCGUCGCGGUCCAGAUCCACUGAGGAUAUUCAUUCACGGUCUCAGUAUGAAGAAUCUGCGGCUAAUAAAGAGGGCUUCUUUGCGAGGAAGAUGGCGGAGAAUGAGUCGCGCCCAGAGGGCCUUCCCCCUUCUCAAGGUGGAAAGUAUGUUGGAUUUGGAUCAUCUCCCUCGCCGAUUCCGAGGAAUAAUUCGGAGGGGGAUGUUCUUUCGGUUGUUAGUCAGGGAUUUGGUAAGUUAUCUAUGGUGGCUGCAUCGGCCGCAAGUGUUGUUCAAGCUGGGACUAAGGAGCUCACUUCCAAGGUGAGAGAAGGUGGCUACGACCACAAGGUGAACGAAACUGUCAACGUUGUGACCACAAAGACUUCAGAAAUCGGGCAAAAGACAUGGGGUCUUAUGAGAGGUGUGAUGGCUUUAGCUUCUCAGAAAGUAGAGGAGUUCACAAAAGAAGGAGGCUCUGCUUGGCCUCGAAAAGAAAGUGAAUCCAAUGGUUAUUAUCAGGAUUUCAAUCACGAUUCUUCUAAAGGUUCGAUAAAUACUUCUACUGGAGCACAAUCUUCGACAGACAAGCAAUUUAGCUCCAAUUCUUGGGAUGAUUGGGAAACAAAAGACAGCAAGAAAGAAGAACAAUCGAAGGGGACAAAACCCCAUAAUGGAGAUAGCUGGGCUGGCUGGGAUGAUGGUAAAGACGAUGGAUUCGAUAGUUUUUAUCAGAGUGCAUCUGAUCAUAAGACGAAAGAUCAUAACGGAAAAUCAGAUUCCAACUGGGCUGAUGGAGGAUUCCUCUGAGGUUUUUUUUUUUUUUUUUUUUUGCAUGUCUUGUUCCUAUGCUGUUUCGAGAUUUUUAUUAUUUUUUCCCCUUUGCAGUUUUACUUAAAGUAGAAACUCAAUGUGAAGGGAUUGUUUUUCAUGAAAAUGGUAGAUAAAUUAAUGUAAAAUUGCUUGUACUAUGCCACCGGGAAAUUGCCGGUGAAAGACCACAUCCACAGGGAUUGCCUUUUCGUGUUGUGAAACUUUUUUUUUUUUUUUUGUGGGUAUUUUUAAGAUUUUAAAUAGAGAUUGUAUUCGAAUUUGUAAUUGCUUUAUCUACAUUUUGAUGUUUUACUUAUUUUUUCCCUUUUAAAUUCCA